CCUUCUUAUUCUCCUUCUUCUUCCAAAACACACACUAAACUAAAUGGGAUUCUUCUACCUAUUCUUUCUUUUCAUUUCCAUUUCCUCCACCACAAAUGCUUGUGAUCGAUGCCUUCAUCAAAGCAAAGCUGCCUUCUUCUCCAAAGCUUCUUCUCUUUCUUCUGGAGCAUGUGGGUAUGGUUCCUCUGCUGCUAGCUUCUAUGGUAGCCACCUUGCUGCUGCUGUUCCCAACCUUUACAAAUCCGGGUCGGGUUGUGGGGCUUGUUUCCAGGUAAGAUGUCUGGAUUCUAAGCUGUGUAGCAAAACUGGGACUCAAGUGAUAGUAACUGAUGAGAAUAAAAACAAUGAGACGGAUUUUGUGUUGAGUGGUAGAGCUUUCAUGGCCAUGGCUAAUAAGGACAUGGGCAAAAACUUGUUGAAACUUGGUGUUGCCAACGUGGAGUAUAGAAGAGUACCAUGUGAUUUCAAAGGCAAGAACUUCACUGUAAGAGUUGAAGAAUCUACUCAAAAGCCUAAUUAUCUUGCACUCAAAUUCCUAUACCAAGGUGGUCAAACCGAAAUCGUUGGCGCUGACAUUGCGCAGGUUGGUUCGUCAAGCUGGACUUAUUUGACCAGAAAUUAUGGGGCUGUUUGGGACACGAGUAGAGCUCCGGCAGGUGCCCUGCAACUCCGGCUGGUGGUGACCUCCGGCUAUGACGGAAAGUGGAUUUGGGCCAAGAGUGUUUUGCCGGCUGAUUGGAAGAUCGGAGGUGUUUAUGAUUCCGGCGUACAGAUUGAUGAUGUUGCUCAAGAAGGAUGUGGUGAAUGUGAUGAGCAAAUAUGGAAUUAACUUUUUUUUUACACAAAAUGUUGAUUGGGGUUAUAACUUAUUGUUAUAGAAUUCACAGUAAAAUAAAAUUAUAUUGUAGAUGGAGUAAGUAAAUCUUGUGGAGUAGAUGAUAUAUUAGGUCCGAUCGAGUUGGAGUUAACAGAUGUAUGAACUUAUUACAUGAUAUACAGAUCAUUUUACAGCG